AUGGGUAUUAGAGAGUGUCUUAUCGAGACAAGAAAUUGUUUAAAUUACUAUUUCUUCGGAAAGAAAAUAAAGAUAUGUCUUUGCGGCCCUUCAAAGUCAGGGAAAACCUCUUUUUAUAAAGCAUUUACUGAGAAAAAAGUACUAAAGAAAGAGCCCUCCACCAUUGGAUCUCGCACCAGGCACUUUACUAAAAAUGGCUUGCGUGGAUUGUUCUUUGACAUAGGGGGCGCUGCUGAGUACAAUAAUCUUAGAGACCUUUGUUAUAGAAAGUCAAAUGCUCUUCUUUUUUUUGUAAAUGCAUCCGACCCAGAUAGCUUUAUAGAUGCAAAAACAAUGCUCCUAGGCCUACUUAAUAGAAAUAAGAGGAAAAACAUGCCGAUUCUCAUACUCUGCACGCACAAUGAUGUGGAAGGAUUUGUGGAUUGUAAGAACAUUGCCCUACAUCUUUCUCUGGACUCUUUCCUAGGAAAAGACAUUGCCUGUUACUCAAUUUCUUCCUUGACUCUGUCCAAUUUUACAGCAGUAGAAGAGUGGAUUAUGAUGCAUGCAAAAUAAAGAUUUAAAUAGAAUAAUGCGC